CAUAACUUCUCACUUAUCUCUUCCAACCUCACUCACUCACUCUCUCUCUCUCCUCCAAACCCCCAAAAAACCCCAAAAAUGUCGUCAUCUUCCUCAAAACUCCUCCCAAUAUUCUCUCUCCUCUUCAUAAUCUCCUACAUUACACUCCAUUCUACCACCGUAGAAGCUCAGAUCCACGACAUUGGAUUCGACUGGGCUUCAUCAUCAUCUUCCGCAAUGUCGUCGGCAAUGAUGUAUUCAUCAGGAGGAGAAGACCUCGAUCUCGAAGUUGAUCUUGAUGUUGAAAGUAGGAGAUCUCUUUACUGGAAAAGGAAGGUGUACUAUAUAUCGUACGGUGCACUCUCAGCGAAUCGUGUCCCUUGUCCGCCUCGCUCUGGUAGGUCUUACUACACUCACAACUGCUUCGCUGCUCAUGGCCCUGCUAAUCCUUACACUCGUGGUUGCUCUUGCAUUACUCGCUGCCGCCGUUAAUUAAUUCAUGGUUAAGAUUAUUAAGUACUUCAUUAUUAUGAUGAUUUUGUGUUUAUUUUAAUUAACUAAAUAUUAGGGGUUUCAUGCUUAUGGUUUAUUUGGAAAGGCGGUGUCCUUUUCUUUUUAUCUCUUGUCGUAAAGUCUCUUUCGUGUGAUUAUUGUUGUAAGUGUGGGUCCUCAUUUUACUGGUUGAGGAUUGGCUGAAAAGUUGUAUUAAUACUUGUAUUACUAUUAUUUUAUAAGUAUGGUUGAAAAGAAGGGGGAAAAAUAAUAGUUCUAAGCUUUGUAAUAAUGUUGUGUAAACUGUUGUGUUACACUUUGAUGGAAUAAUCUUAAUCUAUCCGGUGAGUAGAUUACUCAUCUAUUGUAUUAUCGGACAACUGGACCUAUGAACGGAGCAAAAGGAGGGGAGUUUUGGAAUAGAAGUUUACAAUAAUGUAGAAUGAAGUAUGCAAUUGGAUGUAAUCUAAUGGGAUUCUAUUGAUUAAUUUAUGUUAUGGAGUACUCCGUAUCA